AAAUAAUCCACUAAAUGGGAAAUAGUGCAGCAAAAUUAAAUAGAAAAUUUGAAGAUUGGAUCUCGAAGGCACACAAUUUUAUAUUCAAAGCAUCCAAAGACAAUGAUCCUCAAUUAGUUAUUGAACACAAUGGCCAAGACCAUCCUGUAGAUCAAAACAUUGAAUAGCAUUAAAAUGAAGGAGAUCAGAAAUAAGAAGUACAGAGAAUUGAUGAUAACCUCAAUGAAAAUGAUAAUGAGUCUAUGAUUCUUACAUCAUCAAUCAAAGAUGAAUCGAAUUCAGACAAAAGAAAAGCUUCAUAUUAAUUAAUCUCGGAAGGGGAAUCUAAAAGGGUAUGUGUUGAUUAAGACUACAUAACCAUUCAUGAAUGA